GAUGCACUGGCAACUCAACUGCGCAUGCUCAAGUCUACCAAAACACCGUAACGAUUGGGUUAACGGAGAAAUCCGCAUGACGAUAUCCGAGAAAACAAUGCCUAAUCGAUCUCCUGUCAGUGCUCAGUAGUGAUCCGGUGAUGGACAACGUUACGGUGUCAGCCUCCCAUGGGACAGCGGACUGUCCUCUGGUAGCCGAGGACAUGGAGGGGAUUUGUGUCAUGCCAGACCUGGGUGCCAUCAAGACGGAGGAGUCGGUGGGUGCCGAUGACGGAGGCACCCAGAAUGUGGCCAUGGGGAUCAAGUUCAUCCUGCCAAACCGCUUUGACAUGAAUGUGUGUUCACGGUUCGUCAAGUCGCUUAAUGAAGAGGACAGUAAGAACAUCCAGGACCAGGUCAACUCCGAUCUGGAGGUGGCGUCUGUUUUAUUCAAAGCGGAGUGCAAUAUCCAGACGUCACCUUCUCCGGGUAUACAAGUGCGGCAUGUUUACACCCCCUCCACUACCAAACAUUUCUCCCCUAUCAAACAGUCCACCACACUCACCAAUAAACACCGUGGCAAUGAGGUCUCUUCCACUCCUCUGCUGGUGCAUUCUUUGUCCAUUCAUCAGCUAGCAGCUCAAGGAGAAAUGGUGUUUCUGGCCAGCAGGAUUGAACAAGAGACUGUAAUCAAUCUCCAAGAUGAGGAAGGAUUUACUCCUCUAAUGUGGGCUGCUGCACAUGGGCAAAUCGCUGUUGUUGAAUUUUUGCUCCAAAAUGGAGCUGACCCUAACCUUCUGGCCAAAGGCAGAGAAAGUGCUUUGUCCUUGGCCUGCAGUAAAGGAUACACUGAUAUUGUGAAGAUGCUUAUCGACUGUGGUGUCGACGUCAAUGAAUAUGACUGGAAUGGAGGAGCCCCUCUGCUGUAUGCUGUUCAUGGGAACCAUGUACGCUGUGUGGAAAUCCUUUUAGAGAGUGGGGCUGAUCCUACCAUUGAAUCCGACUCUGGUUUUAAUGCAAUGGACAUGGCUGUGGCUAUGGGCCAUCGGAAUGUUCAACAGGUGAUGGAGGCGCACUUACUGAAGUUACUGAUGGGAAUCAGAGAGUGAAGUGGGAAGAUUUAGGGGAACAAAAGCUGGAGGCACAACACCAGGCUUUGAACAAUCAUUUAGCUUGUCCUCAUUGUUGGCCUACACGAAGAUCUUAUCCCCUUAAGUCAUAUUUGAACAUCAAAGAUUUGUGAUGUGUGACUUUUCAAUUUUAACCCAGUUUUUAAAACCUAUCGUACUCUGCACUUUUCAUGUUGAAGGUGGAGUAGCACAUUUGGUCAAGACUGACUGUAAUGUUUUCAGCAGUGUGAAGUUAAAUGUACAGUGUAUUAAGACAUGCUGUGAUGCACAUUUCUUCACUACUCUUCACCUAAUGUUAACAGAUAUGCUUGGAUGGCUCUGCUCCAAAGUUCAGCUCAUGUAAAUGACUAAACAUGCAGUCAGCAGCUGUUUAUCCCUUCCCUGUUAUGUGUUUUUAUCUUACAGUAACUUAUUCACAAUAACAAUCUUUUAAAUACUAUUUUAAUGUGGUGAGUUGAGUGCCAGCUGUACUGUCCUGUACAGUCUGAGGUGCUGUUUAUUUUGUUCUGUUGCGAAAUAGAAUCGCAGAUGUGUGCAUUAUUUUGCUGCCAAGACAUUUGUUUUGAUUGUACUUAGUUAAUUUAUUUUAGAUUUUGUGUUGUACUGAAAUUGUCAGACUGAAGUUAUUCUGUUUUUUUGUUUUUUUUUCCCUCUGUAUUGUGGUACAAUGUCUGUUGGAUGUCAUGGAUGUAAUCCUGUUACAGUGGUGCUGUUGGACACUGAGGAUGUUUGUGUUUUAUACUUGUAUUGACCUUAGCAUCAGCCUUAGACUGAUUUUAUCUGGCUGCCAUUCAAAGGUCACACUACUGUUCAGUCACUGAAAUGAGGCUUUUAUUUAAUUAAAACAUUUGGUCUAGAAUGACUUGUAAUUGCAUCACAUUCAUGUUUAUCAAGGGAAACUUUAAACAUAAGCUUUUAGGAUUAUCCAGUUUUGAAUCAAGAAUAAUGUGCAGAGAAUUUUAUGUCUUUGCUUGAUUGAUUCCUGGUGUUUAUUAAAUAAAAGGAAUCUAAAUGACAUCA